AUGGUGUCCAAUCGUUCAAUCCACAACCAACACCAAUCACAACAGACCAUUCCCACGAACUCGUCUUCUUUGCAAUUCGCUAGGAAAAAUCAAAAACAUGUCAACUACCGAUCUAAAGGCUUCAGGUUGCUGGAGUGUUCUCAGAGCACAAAGUGCCAAAUGGUCAAAGCAUUUGCCUUGUCACUUCCGCCUUUUUUUAAUAUCUGUUGGUACUGCAACGGUACAUUCUGA